AUGAGCUGGAGAAAGGCUGAGCUCGUGAUCUCUGGCUACCACAAGAGAGUGGCCAAGGUGGCGCAGGACAUUGCCACUGCGGCCGAGAUGGUCGGAAUGAAGCGGGUGGGUCCCAUUCCGCUGCCGACGCGCCACAAGAGAUUCGCCCUCCUGCGCAGUCCUUUCAAGCACAAGAAGAGCUACGAGCACUUCGAGAUCAGGACGCACAAGCGACUCAUCUGGAUCGAGGGUCCGCCGGAGCAGGUCCGCAAGUUCAUCGAUUUUACGGUGGACACGAUGGAGCCCAUCGCCAGCGUCAAGGUCAGGGAACACAACUACCACCACUUGAGCUCCUUUUACUCUCCGCCCACCACCGCCACCCAGGCCCUGCAAGAGGCCCGCCAGGCCGCCCUCGGCUCCCCAUCCACGCCACCCUCCUGA